AUGAUCUUUUCCAGGUAUUGUCUAUUUAUUUAUUUUAAUAACAAGCUAUUCAUUAAUGGCUUUGUUGAUCAAAUUUAAAAAUAAUUUUGUCUAGCAGAGCCUCAAUCCUUGCCAUAAAAUAAAGAUAAACUGUUAAUUGGGAAGUUUAAAGUUCUUAUUUAUAAGAAGAAAACAUGAGAGUAGUUAAAAGUAAGGCUUUCUUAGAAACCUCUAUUAAAUCAUAUUUAAUUAUUAUCUUAGUAAUUCCUUGAAGAUGCUGAAAAUACAUUCGCUAUUUAAGAAAAAUAGGCUGGCUGGUGAAUAAGAAAUCAUUAUAUGA